UGCAGAAGAAAGUAGAGAGAAACUGUUUCAUAGACUUUCUUCUUCUUCUUCUUCUUUUUCUUCUUCUUUUUGCUUAAAUUAAUGGAGUGGAUUCGUCGAGAAACAAUUGGUCACGGGAGUUUCUCCACCGUUAGUUUAGCCACUACCUCUGGGAGCUCGACGAGAUUUCCGGCGUUGAUGGCUGUGAAAUCGUCCGGAGUGGUCUGCUCAGCCGCGUUGAGGAACGAGAGAGACGUGUUGGAUGAUCUCGGCGAGUGUUCGGAGAUCGUGCGGUGUUUCGGAGAAGGAAAGACGGUGGAGAACGGAGAAGAGAUCUACAAUUUGUUUCUGGAGUAUGCUUCCGGUGGCAAUUUGGGCGCCAGGAUUAAGAAAUCCGGCGAGGCGUUGCCGGAAUACGAUGUCCGUCGAUUCACGAGAUCGAUUGUUAAAGGACUGUGUCAUAUCCACGCGAAUGGGUUUUCUCAUUGCGAUGUGAAACUGGAGAACAUUUUGGUUUUCGGUGACGGAGAUGCGAAAAUCUCUGAUUUCGGGUUAGCGAAACGGAGAGGCGAAUUUGGGGAGGAAAUUAGGGUUAAUAUCAGAGGAACGCCUCUGUACAUGGCGCCGGAAUCGGUUAAUCACGGCGAAUUCGAAUCUCCGGCGGAUAUUUGGGCACUGGGAUGCUCUGUAGUUGAGAUGUCGAGUGGUAAAACGGCAUGGUGUUUGGAGGAAGGGAUUACGAAUGUAAUGUCUUUAAUGGUUCGUAUCGGUUCCGGCGAGGAGGUUCCUAGGAUUCCGGUGGGAUUGUCGGAGGAAGGAAAAGAUUUCGUGAGGAAAUGUUUCGUUAAAAACCCGGCGGAGAGAUGGACGGCUCAGAUGCUUUUGGAUCAUCCAUUCUUAGCCGUUGAUGGUGAUGAGACUAGUAGUACAAGUACUAGUAGUGGUUCGUUGAGGUAUGGCGAAGAAGACGAGGCUUCGGUUUCGCCGAGAGAUCCUUUCGAUUUUCCCGAUUGGAAUUCGGUUCAAUCUCCGGUUAACGAUUCGGUAACGGUUGGUUCACCGGUUUAUUAUUCGCCGUUUAGUUUUUUGGUACGUUCGCCGGAGGAGAGAAUCAGUGGUUUGGUCACAGAGAACGCACCUGAUUGGUCGGUUUCGUGUGAUUGGGUCAACGUCAGGUGAUGGGAGUAGUUUUUUAGUGGAGAAAGAGGAAGUCAUAGGGAGGAGAUUAAUUAUGGGUUAAUUAAAAGUCCUGAUAUAAUAUUUAUUAAUUAGCUCGUUGACUCAUGUAAAAAAAAUUAGAAUAUUUUUGAAAGAACGGAGAGUUGAAAUUGCCAUUUUUAACUCCCUGUUUCACUGUUACACACCAAUCAAUGUUUUGUAACAGACAUUCUUAAUUCGGAACUUGGAUUUAUGAUUGGUCGGCUAUUUUAUUACUAAUAUUAAUAUGUAAUUGUCAGACGUGAAGGAUAGAAGAAUUUUUUGCCCACCGACUAAUUUAAGUCACCAAACUUUGUAAUUCAUGGACUC